UUGCAGGGCCCGAAGACCUUUUCACGAACUUCUUACGAAAAAGGAGUAGUCAUUGUUACCUGUGAUCAUUGCAGAAAUCACCAUAUCAUCGCGGAUAAUCUAGGCUGGUUUCAGGAUUUCAAGGUACAGGUUCUUCCUUUGAGAAGCUUACUUUUCUCUAAUUAG